GUCAGGACGGGACACCGGAAGUCAGCCUAAGCAUACACCAUAGAGCUGAAAGAGCGGCGGGAGAAGCACAACUCAAGAGGCAAAAUGUCGGUUUCGUUGCUGAGGAAGGGUCUGGAGCUACUAGAGACAGCAGGAGAGUCCACUCCCAGGGCCAAGAAAGCGGCAUCAGCCUCCCAACCCAACAAACAGUCAUUGAAGAAGUCAAUGAGGAGGAAGAAGUGGUUGGGGUCUGGAAGAAACCAGGCCACCGUCAAAGGCAAAGUGAUCAAAUCUGCAGUAGAGGAAUACAGGAAAUGUCAAGCUGUUGACCAUUUUCAGGAAAACUUGCAGUACAUGAUGAGCAGUCAGUUCGUUACAGACAACACUGUUACUCAAAAGGUUUUAGCCCAAAACAGAGGGAGGAAAGCUAGAGACCGCCCCCGGGAAGAAGCAAAGAAAAAGCCUGAAGGCACCGUGUUCACUGAGGAAGACUUCCAACAAUUUGAGAGGGAAUAUUUUGGGGGAGCUGGAGCAGUCUGACUAAAGAGAGUGUUUCUCAUUAUUUAUGAGUAAAUGUAAGUGAGAACGCAUCCUUUCUUUAGGAGUCACGUUUACUCUGGGAGGGUGCAGAACCCUUACAUCUAAUAAGUUCACUCAUCUGAUAUGGGAUGUCACAGUCUGAUCUGUAAGGCAAAGAAUCCAGAUCUCUAUCACCAGGAUGCUGACUAUUCCCUACAGGCAUUUGGCCUUGCCACAUGUAUUUUUGCUGGUGUGUGUGAGAACAACUAGAUUGAAUCAUCCCUUCCACCAUCUUCUACAGUGACUUUAACUACAGCCUUCUGUACACACCAGAGAGAGAAACUAAUUGCACAAUUUGGGAGAGGGUGAUAGUCUUCUAAGGCAUAAACACAGCAAUCCGAUUUGCUCCAGUAGACAAACACAUCACUGAAAAAGAAUAUGGACAUCUAGGUUUAAUUUGUAACCAAGUAUCUGCCUCAGCCAUCUUUUAUAUGUAAUAAGUACUAUGCCACUAGCCAAAAAAAAAAGUGGGAAUUUUAAUUAUUUCAUAAGAGUACUACUGGCAUAACUCCAUAAUCUGUUUUUUGUUAUACUUCUACACUCUCCAAAGAGGCUGAUGUAUUUAUAGUUCCUAUAGACUGUCAUACAGUCAUGUACCUUGAAUUCUGUCAUAUGUUGUAAAUCAGGCUCAAUUAAUACCUGUAUUAGUAAAUGAGAAGGCUCUCGUGAACUAAUUCUGCAAUCACUUUUGAGAUUAAAGAAAGGUUAGUCUUUUUUUUAAAAUGUCCA